UCCAAGAGAAGGAAGUUGCUCAACAAAAGCAUAAACUGAGAUCUGGAAAGCAAAAGGAAAUUGAACCCUUGCUGCAAAGAGUUCAUGAGAUGGAAGCACAACUUCAAAAAUCAAGAUCUGCUCUACGAGAAAAAGAUGAACAGUUGAAAUCUUUCAAAGACAGAGUGGCAGGAGAAGUUGCUUUGUCAAUCAAAACAGGAAACACAAUGAGCCUCAACAACCCUGUUAAUAAGAACAGACUAAAGGAAAUGUAUGAAGACCUGAGGUGUGACUGGCCAAGAAUAAAAAAAAACUUAAAAUCAAACAACAAACAUCCAGAUUCUGUCAAAGAACUGAUUCUGAAAGAGUUCAGGGAGGCAAAAAAUGAAAUGAGGAACAGAAGAAUGAUGAUAGAUAAAGUGUUUGAAAGCGUGAUGAAUGCUGGAGGAACGCCACAAAAGGUUGAUCAGUACCGACAGCUAACAGUUCAGAACCUGCAGAUGACUCUCUACAAUGAGAAGCAAGAUGCUGGUUCACAGAAACCCUUUCUUGAAAAUCAAGCAGGAAAUCCUCAGGAUGUAUUGGAGUAUUUGGGCUCUGAAUGUUAUUGGCUUGGUUGCCUGAUGGCGCUGAACAACCCACCUCUUCAGCCUGACUGGGAGAAUCAUCCUCCGUCGAUGGAUAGAUGGGACUUUUCCCCCCGAAAUAUCAGAAAUGCUUCUGAAAAUGAGUGAAAUUAAAUUAAUCAAGAAUCAAUAUCGCUUUCUACAUCGUUAAAUCUGUGGAAUAAAAAACAUAAGUGUGAGCUUUAAUAAAUCUUAAAACUCCACCUUUUAAAUUUAGUUGAAAAUAGAUGUUUGUAAUUAUUGUUUUUAAAAGUUCAAUAAAACCUAAUAAGUUUG